CCAGGUCAUUUCUUCCUUUUUCUUUUCCCUUCUUCUGUAAAAACCUCCAUUUUCCUUCCCAGGGUUUUAGCAGUCCCCACUCUUCCUCCGAGUUUUCACAAUCCUGCUUGUGGUUUUCGUAUCGGUGUUCUCCAUUACGGCAAAUCUUCGCGAAAAUGACUAAAUUUAGGAAGCUUAAUCGCCCGACUGCUCAUCGAAUGUCCAUGUUCAGAACAAUGGUUUCGCAAUUGGUGAAGCACGAACGAAUCGAAACCACCAUUACGAAGGUAGCUUUUUUUAUUCCUCUGCUUUAUAUCGGAAUUUAGCUUGAUGUUUUUGUUUCUUUAACCCUUUUUUUUGUGCUUUUUUUCGGACUAGCUGAAAUGGGAUUUUCUUGAGGGAUAGGGUUUAAGUAAUUUUUCAGUCAGUGAGCUAAUUGAACUCCGUUUUUAUUGGUUGUGUUAAAUUCUAAAGGUUCAGUGAUGCUACUAUUCACUGGAAUUUUUGGGUCAAUAUGAUGGAAACUAUAGUCUUUGAGCAUGAAUUUUGUUGGAAGCUUAUAGAAUUUCAAAGAUAUGCUUAUUCUUUUCUUAUUUUCCUGCCAAAAGGCGAUUUGCUUCUUUGGGCUAGAACAGGAAUUGUAAUCGGCAUCAAAGUUGCUUUCAUCUAUGGUUUCUUCUCCUUGUGAUUUGUAUGAAGUCUCGAUCGUGUUAUAAGAUCAAUUUUUCAUGUUUAAUGUUAGGCCAAAGAAGUUCGAAGGAUGGCUGACAACAUGGUACAGCUUGGAAAAGAGGUGUGGAGAUUCGUAUACUUGCUCUUGUAUUUUCUUCUUAAAGAGGACAGAGUGUGUCUUGAUCUUAGAUUAUGUGGUCUUGCGCAGAAUUCAAUUCCCUGUUUAUCAAAAUUUUCAUCAAAGUUUAUGUGUUUGAUCUUUUCCAUUUGUUGUGCAUCCUUCUUCCGUGUCUGAAAACCCUCGGUUUGAGUUCUGAAGAAAAUAUGGAAAACAAAACUUCCUGACUCUGUGCAGUUGUUGUUAUCAAGGUGGAAUGAUCUUUAAAUGAGUAAGUCAUCUCUCUGUCAAGAUAAAGUUCUGGAAGCUGAGCUCCUUGUCCUCUUUCUGUAAGUUGCUUCAAAGUUAAAACAAUAUUUUAGAACAUAUAACAAAAGAGUCCUACGUCUGCUGGGCACAUUGUAGUCUUAAUCCCUGAAGCUUUUACUGCUGACCCCUUUUCCCACUAACCACUGGAGAAACUGAGUUUUUGUUUUAUGCAAGACAAUAACAUGGUCUUGCUUAGUUCAAGUGAUGAUAGAUUUCCAAACUUUGAGCUUUUUGUGCAGCGUUUUCAUCUCUCUCCCAUGUAGUUAACUGUUAACUGAAAGAAACUAAUUGAUAGGACUCGGGAGCCUGUUAACAACUUUCAUUACAUUUAGUUAAGGAAAGCAUGGUUUUGAUAGAACUGCAUAAUUGAUUUGAUUAAUUUUUUUGGUAAAAUUUUGUUUGCCCAGGUACGUAUUAGAGUUUUAUGUGUAUUGUGGUGGUUACCAAUCUCAACAUGCUUGUUUGCUAUAAAUAUCACACUGUAGUGUGUUAAAGAAUUUAUUGGGGUUUUCUGUUACUUCUCUUCAACUAUCAUUUAAAUUUGUAUGAGUUCUAUUUUUGCUCAGUUUCCUUGCUGGAGAAUGGGAAAAAAUUGUCUUCAGCCGUAUAGUUCUUCCCCAAAAACAAUAAAGCGUUUUUUGAAUUUGAGAGUUCUCAAAGAAGAUGACAAUGAGAACAAUUAAGCCCCUCGAUUUAGGACUGGUUGAAUGGAUCCUCAAUGUAUUUUAAAUGCUUGUUCCUCUUCAAGUUUAAACAUCUGAUGUUUAUAUCAUAGUUUCAUCCCAAAUUGCUUUAACUCUUCCCUGUCCCUUUUGACAAGUUAGUAAAUCUGCAUUUGGAACGCGUGGUGUUGAUUCACCUACACACAAAUUUCGGAACUUUAAUCUGUUCUGGAUGCAUUUGGUACUCCUAAUGUAGUAAUUAGAUGCACCUAAGGUGAUUAUUUAUUAUGGAAGAGCGAGGUACUGGUAUACAUACAUGAAAAAUUGAAGAGAAAUAUGAAAUUAAUUGAAAAAAUGACCAGCAAGUAGCAUUUCUUGCUUUCAAUAAGAUGAAAAUUCAUUUCUUUCUGUAGAUUGGAUUAGAAUCUAUCUGACAAGUUUUUGUCCAAUGUUUUUCUUUUUAUAGCUUUAAGACGUGUUUAAAGAGCAAUACUGCUAAAUGCUUAGGCCACUGUUUCGGUUAAUUUUAAUAUGGUUAAUAUGAAUUCUUACAGUCUAUACCAAAGUCUCUCAACAAAGAUUACUGAACAUGUUCAGGUUGAAACAAAUCUUGUCCUUGGGGAAGUCCAGUGCCCUUGCCUUGAACCUCCCCCUCCUUUUACGAAAUAACCUCUCUUGGGAGAGUUGGAAGAGAAUUUAUGGAUUGAUGUUAGACAAUUGGGAAUAAAUUCCAGUGGCUUUGUUUUCUUCUUCCCCUCUUAUUCUUGUCCUAGCUUGAUGUCCUUAGGGAAGUUCAGUGGCAUCGUUUUACUCCUUUUUUCUAAAUAAUCACAAACUGCUCUAUGCUUAGAUUUUACUGAUCUGAAGAUGCUGGCUUGAUUUAAGCUUUGCUUUGUGAAACUAUUUUUGGCACCAAAAUCCUAUGGCUUUCUCUGGUUGGUUUAAUUCAAACUAUUGAUUUAAAAUUUGGAUGGUUGAAAACUCUUUUGCUCAGUUGAUGGCCUGUGUAUUAACUGCUUGGAAGGAAAUAAACAUCUAUGUAUUGAUUGUUGCUGUUGUUUAGAAACGGAUUCUUUAUGUUAAAACUAAGGAGUGUGGUUUCGUGUUCCAUGGAACUGUUGGUACUGGAGCUGUGUAAAAUUCUUUGUUACUUACCUUACUCUUUUCCCAAUCUGUGCCAGGGAACUCUUUGUGCUGCGAGACGCGCUGCUGCCUUUGUGCGUGGUGAUGAUGUCAUUCACAAACUUUUCACAGAAUUGGCUUACCGAUACAAAGACAGAAAUGGUGGGUACACAAGAAUGCUUCGAUCAAGAAUACGUGUUGGUGAUGCAGCACCAAUGGCCUAUAUUGAGUUCGUAGAUAGAGAAAACGAACUACGGCAAGCUAAACCCCCAGCGCCGCAGCCACCACAAAGACAACCAUUGGAUCCUUGGACCAAGUCACGCCUCAGCAGACAAUAUGCUUCUCCUAAAGAGGAGAAAGCCUCUAACUCUGAGUCUUGAGACAACAUUUAGUUCACAAAUUAUUACGAAGAUAUUGUUUCCUGGUCGGUGUCCCUAUUUCCUGUAGUUUAUCGUUUUCCCAGGUGAACUUAGAAUUUAACACAUUCAGCUGUAUGGACGAAUACAUGUAACAAUUUGAUACUCAUCUGAAUGUGGAUGUUAUGCUUAUUGUAUCAUAGAAUUUGUGCUGUAAUAAAACAAGAAAGCUCGAAACAAAAAGUUCCUACGAUCUCAGCUUCAGUAGUGACGGCAGGGAUUUUUGCUAUAGGAAUUUUGUUGUUUGGCUCGUGAAUGUGACUUGCACUCGCUUGGUGUCAAAAUUUGUCAAAAACGGUAUGAUUGUGGGUUGGGUGUGUAUGAAAUUAUAUCGAAUUGGGACUUAACUUCUUUUCACUUGAUAACGACUUGAUUCCACAUUUUUUCACUUGAUAACGACUUGAUUCCUAGUGUAUAUAUGUGACGAAAAAAAGGCCGACAAGAUCAAAUUUUGAUUCCUGAAUUUGUUG